GUAAUUAUUUGGAGUGAGUUUUAAAUUAAAUGCUAGUGUAUUUAAGUAGUAGUAAUGUUAAAAAGACAAGAUUAUGUGUUGUUUACUGUAGUCGUAUUCUAUGUAUUAUGCGUUUGGAGUCCAAAACACCUCCACUUCCGCAUUGAAACUUUAUUUAGAAACACCUGAAACGGAUGUUGCGGAGUGACCUAGCACAGCAUACUUGACCUAGCUUGUGAUAGCUCGGAAUUGAUGAACAAUGUAGUUCCCGGAAACGCCAUUGCGAUAUAAUUGUCCCCGGAUCUCCGCCAUAAACCCGCAUGGAAACGAAGUCUUUUCCUCGUUCAGCGUCCUUUCGGGCCGAGACGGAUGUCCUCGGCGAACCGUCAACAGGGAGCGUGUGCUUGUCAACAAUACCGGGGAUGAAUGGUGCCUGAGUGCGGUGUCGCACGUCAACAAUAACGCUGUCAAAAUGAGGCUUUUCUUGUCCUUGCUGAAGAACACCAACACCAAAGUGGAGUAUUACUCCAGGUUCUCUCCGUCACCUCUCUCCAUCAAGCAGUUUUUGGAUUUUGGCAGGGAGAAUGCCUGUGAGAAAACGUCCUACAUGUUCCUCCGCAAGGAGCUGCCGGUGCGUCUGGCCAACACCAUGCGAGAGGUCAACCUGCUGCCCGACAAGCUCCUCAGCCAGCCGUCCAUCCGCCUGGUUCAGAAAUGGUACAUGCAGAGCUUCGUGGAGUUGCUGGAUUACGAGAACAGGAAGCCGGAGGAUCCUCACGCUCUCAACGACUUCCUGGAGCUGCUGAUCGAGAUCCGUAACCGCCACAACGACGUGGUUCCCACCAUGGCGCAGGGCGUCAUCGAGUACAAGGAGAAGUUUGGCUUCGACCCCUUCAUCAGCAGCAACAUCCAGUAUUUCCUGGACCGCUUCUACACAAACCGCAUCUCCUUCCGCAUGCUCAUCAAUCAGCACACUCUCCUGUUCGGGAACGACACCAACCCUGCUCAUCCCAAACACAUCGGCAGCAUCGAUCCCAACUGUUGCGUGGCGGAAGUCGUCAGCGAUGCGUACGACACGGCCAAAAUGCUGUGCGAGAAAUACUACCUGGCUGCUCCUGAGCUCCGCAUUGAGGAGUUUGACAUGAAGAACCCUACCAAGUCCAUCCAGGCCGUGUACGUGCCCUCGCAUCUCUUCCACAUGCUGUUCGAGCUCUUCAAGAAUUCCAUGAGAGCCACCGUGGAGCUUCACGAGAACAGCCAAGAAGGAUUACCACCCGUGAAAGCCAAAGUCACUCUAGGGAACGAAGAUCUGUCCAUCAAGAUUAGCGACAGAGGAGGAGGAGUCCCCUUGAGGAAGAUCGACCGCCUUUUUAACUACAUGUACUCCACGGCCCCCACGCCCAGCCUGGAGCCCGGCGCCGUCCCGCUGGCCGGCUUCGGCUACGGUCUUCCCAUCUCCAGGCUCUACGCCCGGUACUUCCAGGGGGAUCUGAAGCUCUACUCCAUGGAGGGGGUGGGCACGGAUGCUGUCAUCUACCUGAAGGCCCUGUCGAGCGAAUCGUUCGAGCGUCUGCCCGUCUUCAACAAGUCUGCGUGGCGUCACUACACCACCAGCCCCGAAGCGGACGACUGGAGCAACCCGAGCAAAGAACCGCGGGACGCCAGCAAGUCCAAAUACAAAGCUAACAGAUAACUCAUCACGCCGCCGCCUGUAUCGCGUACCAGCCAGAUGGCAUCCUAACUCUGUUUCAGCUUCUGCUUUUGAAGGCUAACAUGGAAGAACCUCCUCUCCUCUCAACGAGCAGCGGUGUCCUGAUAGCCGUAUUCGCGUGGACACGACGUCAAAGCAGGUGGCUCCGUCUUGCUUGUUACAUAAAAAAAAAAAUAAUUUUUUGCGAGUGUUUAAUUGACUAGCGAAGAAAUUGAGCGACUUUUUCUGGUCUUAUGGACGCUUUUGGAGACUAACAUGAAAGAACAUAAGGCUCCUCUCAACGAGCAACAGGUCCUCUUACCUGUAUUUGCAUGUAGACAGCCUCAAAGCAGUCACAUGACAAAAAAACAAAACAAAAGGUGCGUUUUAGCGAGUAUUCUAGCAACUAGCAGUUUUUUUUUUGGUCUUAUGGACACUUUUGGAGACUAACAUGAAAGAACAUAAGGUUCCUCUCAACGAGCAACAGGUCCUGUUAUCUCUAUUUGCACGGAGACGGCCUCAAAGCAGUCACAUGACAAAAAAACAAAACAAAAGGUGCGUUUUAGCGAGUAUUUAAUUGACUAGCGAAGAAAUGGAGUGACUUUUUCUGGUCUUAUGGACGCUUUUGGAGACUAACAUGAAAGAACAUAAGGCUCCUCUCAACGAGCAACAGGUCCUGUUAUCUCUAUUUGCAUGGAGACGGCCUCAAAGCAGUCACAUGACAAAAAAACAAAACAAAAGGUGCAUUUUAGCGAGUAUUCUAGCAACUAGCAGGUAUUUUUUGUCUUAUGGACACUAAUAUGAAAUAAGAUGUGUAUUCUAUUUGUUUUUACUCUCUUUUUAUCUCCCCCACAGCAUCCAUAAAGAUGACAUUAUGCAAAUUAGAUGCCAUUAUACUGACACUAACCUAAUGCCACAGAUAGAUCACAGUCCUGUGGGAAUCACUGGCAUAUAAGGCUCGUUUUAAGAUAAUGUUUAUCUGUGUUGUCUUAUAUUCGGGUCAAUAUAGUAUUUUGCUCAAAGAGAAUAUUUAUACAGUAAAAAUAAAUGUGGUAUCUACUGAUGAACCGUAAACAUUUCAGGAUUCUCCCUAAUCAUGAAAGAUCGGCACUUGGAGAGCUUUCAUUAAGAACAUACAGUAAGUGUCAUAUGCUGUAACUAUGAAUAAUGUAUUUGUUGUUUAUAUAUGCAGUCAGCGUGGACGUGCUCGUUCAGUUUCUUUUCAGUGAUGUAUUUAUAUGUACAGUAGGAAGUGUUACGGUGGACACAUGCGGAGAUGUUAAACAGGAACAAAAAGUCGAGCAAAGAUGUCACCCAGCAUGAGUUGAAUAGAUCUUUUGUCAACCCUGGCAUUAAAAACAAUAUAUCUAG